CGUACAACGAUAUUACUAGGUGCAGGUUUGGAAAAUAGCUCAGUCGUGUUUCGGCAUUGAGUUGGUUCGCAUACUGAGGCACGGAGUUUCAUUUUUGUAUUUUUAUUCGUUUUUUCCGUUUCAACAUUUUUUUUUAUUCCACUCAAAACAGUGUGGAAAGUAAAAAGUGUUCAAUCGAAUUUCAAACACAACAUUUUUGAACAAUCAAACCAUAGUACAAACUAAGUGACAAUUUUUCAUAGCAAAUUUAAAAAAAGAAAAGAAGAAAAUAGAAACGAAACCAAAUAAAAGACAUUUAAGUGUUUUAAUAAAUAGAUUUUAUCGCAGUAUUUUUGGACAUCUAAACAUUGCCAUUUUUACCGCAUAAGCAUCUAACACAAUGCAAUAAGGAUAAUUAAAAAAAAGACAUUUUUUAAGAGAGAUAAAAAGACAAUCAGUGAACUUUUUUUUUACCAAAGACACGAAAGCUUUUUUGAUAAUAACAAUCAAAUUAUGAAUAUGGCAAGAAGCAUCAAGUGAACUGAAAUUAGUGAACAUUUAUUAGAAAAUUUGACGAAAUUAUCAAGAAAUCAAGUUCUUGUUGAAGAAUAUCAAAAUAUAAAAUCAACAAUCAUGUCAAUGUCAGCGCUGAGCCUUUUAGAUCCACAGACUGCAAGAAAUGCAGCUCUUGCAUUUCAAGCUUCAAAUUUAUUUGCGAAUAUUAAUAUGAAGCAUGAACAUGAUGAAUUAAACAAAUCAUCACCGUUAUCACCAGCAUCAUUGGUUGGUGCGACAUUACCAAAUGCUGGUAUGCACGAAACAUCCAGUUUAUACUCAGGUCUUACAUCGAUCGGUAUGCUAACACCGCAAAUGUUUGCUGCCAACCAAACUGCAGCCGCAUUACUUUCAAAACUCUAUCCACAUCCAUCGUUUUUCCCAUGGCAAUUGCCCCCAAUGGCUGUUGCAUCACCGCCAAUUUCACCCAUUUCACCUGCGCUCAGCGUAAAAAGUGUGAAAAAAUUGAACAACAACAAUAACAUCGUAUCAACGACAACCAGCGAAGAGCUAACAAAUAACAAUUACAAAUUAAAUAUACACGAUGAUUUAAAAAGUCACACCGACCAUUUACACAGCAAAACUAGUUCAAUUAUCAUAAAUAAAAAGUCGAAAAAUCGAAAAACCGUUAACAACUACAAACAAAAACGUAAUCAAAUUUUAUAUCAACCGUACACGAAUUUAGAAACAUCGCCGAUGAGUGGUUGUGGAAUUAGCCCUGGUCCAAUAAGUCCACCAACAUCCGGUUCAUCACCACAGUCAAUUGGUUCGAUGGAACAUCAAUCACCAUCAUCGUCAUCAAUUCGUACUACACCAAAUAAAGAGCCAACCCGUGAUAAAUCGUUCACAUGCCAAACAUGUAACCGAUCAUUUGGCUACAAACAUGUACUACAAAAUCAUGAACGCACUCACACCGGUGAAAAGCCAUACGCGUGUGCAAUUUGCAGCAAACGUUUUACACGCGAUCAUCAUUUGAAAACACACAUGCGUCUACAUACUGGCGAAAAACCGUAUCAUUGUGACCAUUGCGAUCGUCAAUUUGUGCAAGUGGCAAAUUUGCGACGUCAUUUACGGGUGCACACUGGUGAAAAACCGUACGCAUGCGAUAAAUGCAAAUCGAAAUUUAGCGAUUCAAAUCAAUUGAAAGCGCAUAUGGUAAUUCAUCAAGAUGAAAAACCAUUCCGAUGCGAAACAUGUAACGUUACGUUCCGACGCAGUCAUCAUUUGAUGAAUCACAAAUGUACAACAAGUCCACUAACGCCAGCCAUGUCACCGGUUAUGUCGAUUGACAAUAAAUCAAUCGCAUCACGUUCGGAUGCCAGCCAAGAAGAGCUACUUGAUUUGAGUACACAAAGUAUGGCCAUGUUGAAGCAUUUAAAUCUUAGCCAUCACGGUUAUCCGGCCGUAAUGGCAGCGAGAAAAUUGCCAACACCAAUCGAACAUGAAAUGUAUGAACACAUUGCCAAAGAAAGUGAAUAUUGUGACGCACAAGAUAUGCCAUUAGACUUAAGCAUUGAUAGUAAUUCGGACAAUGGCGAUAAACGCAGCAAAUCAUCAACAUACGCGAUGUCGGUUUGAUCUGAUGAUGAUCAAUAAAAAACAAAAUAAUGACAUGAAUCACCGUUGAUCGUCGAUUGAAAUGACAACACAGAUACGGUUGAAAUUAAUUCAGUCAGAGCAUCAACAGCCGUGCUGUUGUCGAAUUUUACUUAAAAACCUAGAAAUGAAACCAUUUAAGAAAACUUGUGUUGAACGUUCGUAACGUAAGUAACUGUUUUCAAAAUUGUUUUGAAAGUCAUAUGAUCAAAUAGAUUGAGAUAGAUUCGACUUAUAUCUAAGGUGCAGAAUUUACCAAAUGAUUCGAAUCAAAGAAUUUGUUUAGUUCAGCUUAUUCUUUCAUUUCACAUUCUCGUGCAUAAAUUGAAGAGAAAUCAUUUUUUAACAGCAACCAAAUGCGUGUGAAAUUUUCGAAUCAUAGAACUGAUCAUUGACCGUGCAAUUUCGACUCUUUGUUAAAAAAAAAUAGGAACGUUUAUAUAUUUUUCGUUCUUCUUCUGUUUUUUUGUUUGUUUUAUUAGAACAUCACUUCGUCGUUUGUUUCGAUCAUCAUAUAUUGAUGAUGAGCAUCAAGCGCGUACCGUUUUGUUAAAUUCUGCACCUUUCAGUUAAACAUAAAUUUUCGUUUUAAAUGAAGCGUUAUUAUUUUAUUUUGUUUAGUUUUUUUAAAAAAAAGGUAGAAACAAAAAAGUAAGAAACAUUUUGUUUGAUUGUUAUUUGCGGGCGAGAAACAAAAAUUGUACACCAAAAAGUCACGGUCAAAACAGUCUGAAUGAAUGUGCAGACAAUUUAAUUUAGUAAGCAAAAUCAUUCAAAUACCCAUAACCAAAUAAAAAAAAAACACCUAAAAAAUCGAUUUAUUAAAUUGUACAAUCUCUAGUAAAGGAAAAUAAAAAAGAAGAAGAAAAAGUCUUGAAAAAAAAUCACGUCUUAGUGUUUAAACGGUCGACUGAAAUUGGCCAAAAAAUUCUGUCUAAUCAUUAGUAAAUUUGUAAGUGAAAAUAGUCUCUUUCGUUAUAUAAUCAAUUUUUUGUAAUUAAAUCCGUUUGAUCAAAUGUUGACGCCAAUUAUUGAUAUGGUAACAAAUGUGAACAGUGCAUCUACUGCACCAAGACCAUAUCUUUGAAGUCGAAUUGUUUCAUUUGCCAAAAAAAAAAAAAACAAACGGAUUGAUUGGACCUACACAUUUUUUGAUACACAAAAAAUGUAAA